GAUUUCACCCUUCAGUAGGGCAACACAUUUGGAUAGGCAUUUGUGUCUGCCCACUUGGGUAGAGUGACAUAUGACUUGAGAUGAUUCACAUUUCUUCUCUUUCUCCACAGACAAAAAAUGUGCAGCUUCUGUAUACGUACUCUUUUCCUGGCUAUAAUAGCGCUGACUUUUCUUGCCUCAUAUGACACGAUCAAGCCCACUCAGAGGCCAAAGUAUCAGUACACCAAGAAACCCCCUCGAGAGUUGCCCCAAACUACUGUAUAUGUAGGGAAGCCUACGGUCACAGCACGGAUUGUGGACUACACCAAAACAAGAGAGCGUCUCCCCACGGCCAUCACAGAGAGCACAACGGUUUCAGCAGACAACUAUAUUGACUACCCUACAGAUACCACUGCAUCUCCUACUGCCACUAAAGACAAUUACACACUGGACUACAAUGAAUGCUAUUUCAAUGUCUGUGAGUGCUGCCCUCCGGAGAAAGGUCCACAGGGCUUUAAAGGAGACAUAGGUCUGCCAGGAAUACCUGGUGAAAAGGGAGAACCUGGAGUCAAAGGUGAACCAGGCCCAAUGGGGCCACAAGGGAUUGCAGGGUCUAAAGGGCAAAAAGGAUGUUUUCUUUCCAACUGUAUUGGAACAGGAGAGAGAGGUGAGCCAGGAAGCACAGGAUUCUCUGGAUCUCCAGGCAUUCAGGGAAAGGCUGGAAUGAAAGGUGAAAUGGGUAAUAAGGGUGAAAAGGGUGCCAGUGGUCUGCCAGGAUUUAAAGGAUCUAAAGGGGAAAAAGGAGAGCCAAACGUCAAUGCUUCAAAAGGAGAACAGGGAGACACUGGAAAAAGCGGGCCACCAGGACCCCACGGCAUGACUGGUGAAAAGGGUGAAAAGGGGGAUAGAGGAGAGUGUGGUUUACUUGGGGAGAGGGGUCAAAAAGGUGAACCAGGUGACCCUGGACCACCGGGAGUACGUGGAGACCCUGGUCCAUCUGGACAACACGGCAUGCACGGAACUCCCGGCAUUCCUGGAGAACGUGGAGAAGCAGGAAUUCCUGGAGCCAAGGGUGAACCAGGGGGACGUGGACCACCAGGGCCCAAUGGUAUGAGGGGUCCGAGGGGAAUAAAGGGGGAUCGUGGGCUGCAGGGGAAACGCGGUGACCGAGGCCUACGUGGAAUAAAGGGUGCUACGGGCCAAAGUGGUUUGAGACUACGGUCUGCAUUCAGUGUUGGCCUAUAUCCCAGCAAGUCUUUUCCUCCUUCAGGAUAUCCAGUUCGCUUCGACAAGGUCUUUUACAAUGGAGAAAACCAUUAUGAUCUAGCCACAAGCAAAUUCAACUGCACCUAUUCAGGAGUUUAUGUGUUCUCCUAUCAGAUCACAGUUAGGAACAAACCACUACGAGCUUCUUUGGUGGUCAACGGGGUACGAAAGGUCCGCUCUAGGGACACUCUACAUGGUCAAGACAUUGACCAGGCAUCAAACCUUGUGAUUUUGAAGCUGGAUGCUGGUGACCAGGUAUGGGUAGAGACGCUGAGGGACUGGAAUGGUGUCUACUCCAGUAGUGAAGAUGACAGCACCUUCUCUGGCUUCAUACUCUAUCCUGACUAAC